GGUAUCCUUUGUCCCUCACCCCCCAAAAAAAAAUGGAGACGAGAGAAGAAAGGGAGCACCCAGUGAAGGCCUUUGGUUGGGCAGCCGCCGACUCCUCUUCCCAUCUCUCCCCUUUCCCUUUUUCCAGAAGGGAAACAGGGGAAGAAGACGUGAGGAUAAGGAUAAUAUACUGUGGAGUUUGCCACACCGAUCUUCACGGCAUUACCAAUGAUUGGGGUCUCUUCGUCUAUCCUGUCGUUCCUGGCCACGAAAUAUCGGGAGAAGUCGCCGAAGUGGGGAGCCGGGUCACGAAAUUCAGACCAGGUGAUCGCGUCGGAGUCGGGUGCCUCGUGGGUGCGUGCCACGCGUGCCAAGAUUGUUCGGAAGGCCUCGAGAACUACUGUCCGAAAAUGGUGUUGACCUACGGGGGCAUCGACCGGGAUGGAACCGUCACGUACGGAGGGUAUUCCGACCACAUCGUUGUGAACGAGCGGUACGUCAUCCGGUUCCCCGACAACAUGCCGCUCUUCGCCGGCGCGCCUUUGUUGUGCGCCGGGAUCACCAUGUAUAGUCCGAUGAAGCAGUUGGGUCUGGUCGGGCCGGACAAGCACGUCGGCAUCGUCGGACUCGGCGGGUUGGGUCACGUCGGAGUGAAAUUCGCAAAGGCUUUCGGUGUCAAAGUUACCGUGAUCGAUAUCGAUGAAGGGAAGAAAGGCGACGCUUUGGAUAAAUUCGGAGCUGAUUCCUUCCUUCUUAGCAACGAUCGAGAAGCUAUGGAGGGUGCGAUGAAUACAAUGGAUGUGAUAAUUGACACGGUGGGAGCGUCUCAUCCUCUGCUGCCGCUGAUUGGUCUGCUGAAGACACGUGGCACCCUCGUAAUGGUUGGAAUACCCGGGAAGCCCCUCGAGUUGCCGGUCUUCCCACUUGUCAUGGGAAGGAAAACGAUUACGGGAACAUUGAUAGGAGGGCUGAAAGAGACGCAGGAAAUGCUGGAUUUUGCAGCAAAACAUGACAUUGUCCCAGAGAUCGAGAUGAUCCCUAUGGACUACAUCAUGACUGCUUUCGACAGACUUGCCAAGGGUGAUGUCCGAUAUCGUUUCGUCAUUGACGUCGCCAACACCUUGCAGUCCACCAAACCCUGAAACGACAAGGAUUUCUCCCUUCGCCUUUCUAAACCACAAACUGUUCGUGUUCCCGUGUGGCAAAUAAAUAUGUAACCUGGCCCAUGUGAGCCGUCGAGUACAUGAGUUUUCAACAAUUCCGAAUAAUGAGUUAAACUAAUAUCAUCUUAAACCCAAA